AUGGCGUCGACCACGGCUAAGCUCGAGCCCUGCAUGUUCUCCACGAGCAACGCAAGCUCGGUCAACACCUCAGUCGAGUUCAGCAUCGACAACUACGGCGCCCGUGGCGACGGGAAGCGCGACGACACGGAGGCACUGGCCAAGGCAUGGACCGCCGCCUGUUCCUCUUCACGCCCCGCCGUCCUGCUCGUUCCCAAGGGCAAGACCUACCUGCUCAAGUCCAUCACUCUCUCUGGCCCAUGCAAAUCAAACCUCGUCUUCAUGGUGAAGGGUACUCUGGCUGCUCCCCGGAGCCUGUCGGACUGGAGCGAGGAAAACAGGAGGCACUGGAUCGUGCUCCAUGGGAUCAAUGGCCUUACAGUCACCGGUGGUGGCACCAUCAAUGGCAACGGCGAGCUCUGGUGGAAGAACUCGUGCAAGACCAACAAGGCUCGGCCAUGCAAGCAGGCUCCCACGGCUCUCACAUUUCACCUGUGCAGCAAUUUGACGGUCGAGAACCUGAAAAUCGUCAACAGCCAACAGAUCAAUAUGUCUGUCGAGGACUGCAGCGACGUGCAAUUGGCCCGUCUCUCCAUCACGGCACCUGGCACGAGCCCAAACACCGAUGGCAUCCACAUCACCCGCAGCAAAGAUGUGCAAGUGAGAGAUUGUGUCAUCAAGACCAGGGAUGACUGCAUGUCCAUCGAAGAUGGAACUCAUAAUCUCCUCGUGUGUGGUCCGGGUCAUGGAAUCAGCAUCGGGAGCUUAGGAGACGACAACUCUAGAGCUGAAGUUUCCGGUAUUUACAUCGACACGGUACAGUUAUAUGGCACGACCAACGGAGCGCGCAUCAAGACGUAUCAAGGAGGAAGUGGAUACGCCAAGGACAUCGUAUUCCAGAACAUCAUCAUCGACAACGUGCAAAACCCGAUUAUUAUUGACCAGAACUACUGCGACUCGGCUAAACCUUGCGAGAACCAAGAGUCGGCGGUGGAGAUUAGCAACGUGGUCUUCAAGAACAUUAGAGGGACAACCGUGUCUAGGGUUUAG